AUGUCUGCUCCACAACAAAAACAAGCGUACAAAGUAGCUGAUAUAAACUUAGCUGAAUGGGGUCGCAAAGAAAUAACCUUAGCUGAAUAUGAAAUGCCAGGUUUAAUGCAAUUACGUCGUACUUAUGGUCCAUCUCAACCAUUGAAAGGUGCACGUAUUGCUGGUUGCCUCCAUAUGACCGUUCAAACCGCUGUCUUAAUUGAAACACUAGUUGCUUUAGGAGCUGAAGUACAAUGGAGUAGUUGUAAUAUCUUUUCAACCCAAGAUCAUGCUGCUGCUGCUAUUGCCAAAGCUGGUAUACCUGUUUAUGCAUGGAAAGGUGAAACUGACGAAGAAUACAUCUGGUGUAUUGAACAAACAUUAUUUUUUGGUGCUGACAACAAACCAUUAAAUAUGAUCUUAGAUGAUGGUGGUGAUUUAACUGGCAUUGUUCAUGAUAAAUAUCCCGAAUAUACGUCAGGUAUUUUGGGUAUUAGUGAAGAAACAACCACAGGUGUUCAUGCACUCUACAAAAUGCUUAAACAAGGUAAACUUAAAGUACCCGCCAUCAAUGUCAAUGAUUCAGUUACCAAAUCAAAAUUCGAUAACUUAUACGGUUGCCGUGAAUCAUUGAUCGAUGGUAUCAAGCGUGCAACAGAUAUUAUGAUUGCUGGAAAAGUUGCCGUUGUUGCUGGUUAUGGUGAUGUUGGUAAAGGAAGUGCACGAGCUUUACGAAACUUUGGCGCUCGUGUUAUUGUCACUGAAAUUGAUCCAAUCAAUGCUUUACAAGCAGCCAUGGAAGGUUACGAAGUAACAACAAUGGAAGAAGCAUGCAAAGUUGGUCGUAUAUUUGUCACGGCUACAGGAUGUCGAGAUAUCAUCUUGGGUCAACACAUUCUUGAAAUGCCAGAUAAUGCAAUCAUUUGUAACAUUGGCCAUUUCGAUAUUGAAAUCGAUGUUGCAUGGAUCAACAAAAAUGCCGUUUCAAAAGAAGUUAUCAAACCACAAGUUGAUCGAUAUAAGUUAUCCAACGGACGUUCAAUUAUUUUACUUGCCGAAGGUCGACUUGUUAAUCUUGGUUGUGCUCAUGGUCAUCCAAGUUUUGUUAUGAGUAAUUCAUUUACCAAUCAAGUCCUUGCUCAAAUUGAAUUAUUCACCAAAAAGGCCCAAUAUCCAGUUGGUGUCUAUAUUUUGCCCAAGAAGCUCGAUGAAGAAGUCGCUGCUGCUCAUCUUGAACAUUUGGGUGUUCGUUUGAGCAAAAUGUCCGAAACACAAGCUGGCUAUUUAGAUUUGAAUGUAGCUGGUCCAUUCAAACCCGAACAUUAUCGUUAUUAA